AUGGCUCAGACCGGAUUCCUCACCGGGAAUGAUGCCAUCCUUACCCGACUAUUCAUCGGCACCCUCAAAGAUGUAGUCUUCAAAUGGUUCCGCAAGUUAGAACCAGGCUCUAUCAAGUCACGGGCUGAUGCGGAAAAACUCUUCCUAGCCCGCUUCUUCGAUGAUGAUACCGAGGUGUCGAUGGCCACCCUCCUCACCGAGAAGCAAAAGAAGUCGGAGUCAAUCAAUGACUUCGUAAAGAGGUUCAGGAACCGAUUAGUUCAUUGCCGAGACCAAGUCUCCGAAGCGACAUUGAUUAAGAUGUGCCGCAACAACCUUUCAAUCCUUAUUCUGUCCAAGGUUAGCACUGUAGAAACCCGAACCUGGAAAGAACUCGUUCGCCAGGGCGAACAGGUCGAGAAUAUGAUCAAGAGGCUCGAGGCCAAGGAGUCUUACCCCAAAAAGGGACCUACAGAACCAGGCACGCCAAAGAAUCCUCCUCGAGCUAGAGGAAAAGAGAUCAUGGCCGUUAACGUUGACUCCGCUCCGGCGCCCAAACCGACCCAAAGGCCGAAACCUAGGGCAUUAGAACAACGUCCCCCGAGGCAAUACGACUUCAGGGAUAACCAAGUGGUAGCAACCCUCGACAUGCUCCUCAAGAGCAAUAUGAUUAAGCUGCCGGAAGUAACCAAGCCUGAGGAGGCAAACAAAAUCGAUGAACCGGGCUACUACGUGUAUCACAGGUUCCUCGGCCACCAUACCUCCAAAUGCUAUAUCCUCAAGGAUAAGCGUCAAGCCCUAUACGAUGUAGGAGUUGUAAAAAAGGAGAGGGUACAGAAAUAG